CUCUUGAGUAUUAAAAUACAUUCGAAAUUUCCUAAAUAAUAAGAUUAAAUCAUAUCUGCUGACGUAUUUUAGUUUCACAGUAAAUGUUACGCUUAUUAAAUUAGCAUUACUUCGUUAAUUUCGCCAUAUGAUCACGUUCGCGUAUGAUCGGUUUUGUAUUCUUUAAAUAAAUCAUGUGAAACAAUAUAUAUAUAAAUAUCUCUAUAGAUAAAUUUAACUCAUUCAUAAUGACAAAAUAUGAAAGUAUUUUUCCAAUAAUAAAAUAAGUUAUAUUAUAUAUACGCAUACGUUUUAAAGGAUAACUUUAUUAAUAUUGUUUCCUUCGAAAAGAUUCAUACAUUUCAAUUUACAAUUUUCUUUUUAUUAGCUUAUUUUCUAAUAUUAUUAAAAUGUAUAUUGAUAUCUUGAAGUAUGCGAUUUAAUUUUUGCAAUAUUUUAAUUAUUGUCAUUUAGAAUCACGUGACAGAAAAUAUAGGGAAAUAUCCAAUGAAAUUUAAGCCGCCAUGUCAUCUUUCUCAUUUUCGCGGGAAAAACAUUUAUCGAAUUGAAUGAUACAAGCAUUCUAAUAUCUAUAUUUUCCACGUCGUAUCGAUCGAUCUUAUGUAUUUUUCAUACGAAUUAAAUAAGGAAUUAUAAUGUUUAAGUAUUACAUGCCCUUGUCGCUAAAUUGUCUUGCGUUUUCGUUACAUGCGUAUGACCUUCGUUAAAUACAACCCAGACGCAAAAAAUCAACCUUUUAUUGCCAAUAAAAUGUCAAUAAAGUUUCUCUUUCCUUGGAAUUUGUAAUCAUUCUAUUGAAGUAUGGAUUUCCAUACGCAGCAACCUCCAGAGAUCAGGACAAUCGAUAUUAUUUACAUAUAGUAAAGUUAUAUAAUUAAAUACAACGCAAAUACUGUUAAACUAAUUGGUUGCGUUAUUGAAUUGAUUGAAUAUAAUUUCAAGAUAUAGUUACAAGUUAAUUUUCUUAAUAAUUUCUAUCGAUAACAUAGUGCUACAAUCGGUUUAUAAUCGAUCGUCGAUAAUGUAGAAUAUGAUGUGUAAUGUAGAUGUGAAUGAUAAGAAAGUAAUAAGUUUUUAUAAGUUUUGAAUAUAUACAUGAUCGAAGAUAAAAUAUAUAUACAAAACUACCGUACGUCCGUUAUUUCGAUCUAAUCGAUUUCGUAAAAGUAAUUAUUUAUUAAGAUUAAUAUUUCUCGUGAAACGAAUGAUACGAAAAAUAAAGAAACAGAAAAACACUUAGGUUCGUUAAAUGGUGAAAUAACUUCGAUAGGACGAACAUUCCUGUGUUAGAAUUCUUCUUAACUAUCUCACGUUUCAGUAACUAUUUCCGGUGUGUUGAAAUUUGAAGUGCAUCCGUUUGCACAUUAAGUGCAAAUAGAAAACGCUAGAUUUCGCAUUAUCGUUUCUUAGCGAUCCUUUGAUCUUUCGAUCUUUUGAAGAUUCGUAAGACAUUAACAAUUUAUAAUCGUAGCGAGUGAGAAAAAUAUUUUUCGAGUGAUUUCAAGUGAUUAGAAAGAUUUGAAUUUCGAUUCGUUUAUUUGUCUGUUACUGUUUUGCGAAUUAUGUCGUUCUUACAACGUAAAGCCAAAUGCGAUCUUCGUAGCAAUGGGCGUAAUUCGAAGACGCGUUUCGAAUAAAUUACAACUUCCAAGAAGUAGCUAGCCUCGAGAAAUUGUUAGCGCUUACGUUGAAGUUUCACGGACGCGUUGCUGCUAAAAGUUACUUUAUAUCUCUACGUACGUAGCUACUUUCCUUAUGCAGAAGAUCGAGUGAUGACUCUUUUCUAUUUAUCAUUUGGCGCGUCAGCAGUAGUACAUCCGAGGCGGCCGAUGUGAAAUUUAUUUUCGGAAUACGAUGAUCGUUCUUGGAUCGUCGAAACACCGACAGAGGGAAUCUUGUUUCGUAUCGUACGUACUCUAUGCACGAACAUAUUGUCGUAAGAAUAACAGUACGACGUCAAGGCUAUGUUGUGCCUCAUCAUUUUUUUGGUGAAUGUUUAGGCGUCUCAAAUGAUAAUCAUUGCAUAGAUUACCAUAUAUUGAAAAUGAACAGUAGAAGGAAUUUUUAAGUACAUUUGCUUUUUCUUUUCUAUUCAUAUUUAUAUUGAAUACAAUAUACGACAAAAAGUGUGGAAGCAAAUAAAUCAUGGAUAAAGUACAAAGUGCUACUUAUAUUGGGGUAGAUACCCAUUUAUUAGAUUACUGGGAAGAAUAUCAGAAAAUGAUCGAAGAAACCAAGAUGUUGGAUGAUUAUCUUGACGAAGAAUGUCCACGAAAUUAUGAUGAAGGUGAAGAGGAAGCAGAAUGGUUACGUGCCGCAGGCUUAGGGGAAUUAACCGAGCCAUGGAAAGCAGGUAGAGAAGUUCAACCAGAGGAAUUAGGAGCUGCUUUACGUCCUCUUUCAAGAGCACAAGCAGAAGCUGUAAAGCGAAGAGUUAAAUCUCUUAAUCAUACCGUUAAACAACGUUUCAAUCAACGACAACGUGUAAGGAAACCAGACAUCAGAGAUGUGUUUAAAGAUGUGGAGAUUUCUAGUACAGGCACUAGAUCAAGAAGUGCUACUCCCGAUUCGUUAGAUUCUAUUCCAGGUGAAACACCAGAAAAUGCUUCACCUCCUUCACAACCAUCAAUAACUGUAAUUGAUCAUCAAACGAGUGUCAAUGUUCCCAGUUUUGUAUCAAUAUUUCAUCGUUCGUCAAACGAAGGAAAAGAAACAGUUCGAAGAACACCAAGUGCACCAACAACGGCUACAAAUUCUGUGCCAGUUUUGACUAAUGCUCCAGUUUCUGUUCAAGAAAUCUUUAGGCGUACUGGUCAUUCCUCUCGAGGCGAUGUUGCUAAUGAUUCUGAAGGUAUCCAGCUGACUGGCUAUCACAGAUUAGGAACAAUACAUCUUUCUAGACCACCUAUUCAAAAACGUAGCGGUAGCGAUCCUAGUGAAGUAGCAAAUACAGCAAACUUAGAUAGUGAAAAUAUCGGAAAAUUAACUGUUUCUAAAGAUUCGACAUUGCGAAGAGCUUCAGGCGGUCAUGCAACUGUAUCUAGGAGUCAUAGUAGUUUAUAUGGUUUGUCAACGUCUAAAGAUGAGAAUUUAUUAUCUCAUCCAUUAAAUCGUACUUCGUCGCAUGGUCAUCUGAGUUUUGAACAAAUGUGCAGGGCAAAUGAAACAAAGUCACAAGUAUGGGUGACAGAAAAUCUUCCAGCCGAUGAUGGUUUUUCUCAACAACGUAUAGAAUCGUUAUCCCAACGUGAUUUAACACGAUUACAGCCACUUUUGUGGCUUGAACUCACCGCAGUUUUUGACAAAUAUAACGUACCUCUUAAAAAGCGUAAACCAAACAAACGUAGGAGAAAAGCUGGGAAUUUAUUUGGUGUAUCGUUAUCGACUUUACUACUCAGGGAUAGCCAGUUAACAAACGAAGAAAGUAACAUUCCUUUAGUAUUUCAAAAAGUUCUCAAUGAAUUGUCUAAACGUGGAGUGAAAGAAGAAGGUAUUCUUAGAGUUGGUGGUCAUAAACAAAAGGUUGAAUUGAUAUGUACAGAAUUAGAAACAGAUUUUUACAGCAAGCCAAAGGAAAUUGAUAAAUUAUUUAAACGCAUACCAUGUCACGAUCUGUCAGCAAUUCUUAAAAAAUUAUUACGUGACUUACCUCAACCGCUUCUUACAGUGGAACUUAUGGAUGCUUUUUACCAAAGUCAUGAAGUAAAGAAUCCUAGCGAUUUAUCGUAUUCUUUAAACUUAUUGGUGCUACUUUUACCAAUAGAACAUCGAUGCACGUUAAAAGCAUUGUUAAACUUUUUUAAAUUGGUUAUCGAUAAUCAGAAUUCAAAUAAAAUGUCAAUUCAUAAUGUGGCGAUGAUAGUAGCACCAUCGCUAUUUCCACCACGUUAUGUGCAUCCCAGUGAUCGUUCUGAUUUAAAUGCUCAAGUUAACAUGGCUGCCAUAUGUUGUCGGGUAACAGAAGCAUUACUUAUUAAUGCCGACAAAUUAUGGUAUGUACCAACUACUCUCAUAAGUCAAAUGCGGAGACAAUCCGAAGAAGAAAAAUAUCGCAAAUAUAAAAAGAAGUAUUAUUAAUAACAAUAAUCGGCAGACUGAGUAUAGCAUUGUUCUAUCGAUUGGUAGGAGCAUAUUGAAAUAUAGUAAUAAUACCUUUGGUGCCUCUUAAGUUUUGUUAAAAAGAUUUGUAGAUUAGAUUUGUAUUUUAGAGAUUAAGUUGUAGUGAAAUACGAUUUGAAAGGAUUGCUUUGAAAUCCUUUGUGUCCAUA